GCCAACAAGUGCUAACUGAGCCUUUCGCCGUGUAUAAUAUAUAUCUAUAUAUACCGGAGGGUGCGCCCCGAACAUGGCCUCAUCCUCUUGGACUUUCACUGCUGACCUGCGCACAUCCCUCACUCGCCUCCCGGCCGUCCGCCGAUCCCCGCCAUACGCCGCGGCUAUAUCGCGCCUGGUCGUCUCUGAUACUGGUUCUUGCUCGCUCAGAUUGAAUCGUGUUCCUAAAUUAGGCGUGAAUUCCAAGAAAUUUGAGUUCAAGGCACAGUCGUCGAUGGCUGGGAUUGCGACAGAGAAAGGCAAAGCGAAGGUACAGGUGUUCAAUUCAGAGGAGGAUCUAGCGGUGUCGCUGGCCAAAUACACUGCCGAUCUGUCGGAUAAAUUUGCCAAAGAGAGAGGUGCUUUCACCGUUGUGUUGUCGGGAGGUUCUCUGAUCAAGUCGCUCAGGAAAUUGGUUGAGCCUCCGUAUAUUGAUUCGGUGGAUUGGUCAAAAUGGCAUGUCUUUUGGGUGGAUGAGAGAGUGGUUCCUAAGGAUCAUGACGACAGCAAUUAUAAGCUUGCCUACGGUGGUUUUCUAUCGAAGGUACCAAUUCCCCAUGGAAAUGUCUAUGCGAUCAACGAUGCACUGUCAGCCGAGGGUGCAGCUGAUGACUACGAGACAUGUCUCAAACACCUUGUUAAGAUAAACAUAGUAGAUCAAUCUCAGGCCACCGGAUUCCCGAAAUUCGAUCUCAUGCUGCUGGGCAUGGGUCCAGAUGGACAUGUGGCUUCUCUAUUCCCCGGCCAUCCCCUUGUCCAAGAGAACCAGAAGUGGGUGACAUUCAUCAAGGACUCGCCAAAACCACCCCCGGAGAGGACAACUUUCACCUUUCCGGUAAUCAACUCCUCUGCAAAUAUCGCAAUGGUGGUGGCCGGGUCUGGUAAAGCCCAUCCGGUGAAGGUAGCCCUGGGGGAGGGUCAAAACUCCGAUUUGCUGCCUGUUCAAAUGGUUUCACCGGAUGGCGAGCUGACAUGGUUCUUGGACAACGGAGCAGCCUCGCAUCUGUAGGGCUGGCUGGCCAGCCAUGACUGGAGCUUUUGUGUCUUCCAAUAGCGUGUUUCUUCCUGUAUGCACUGCAGCUUGAUCAGUUAGCAUGUUAAUGUAAAAGAUUAGUAGUUUUCCAUGACUUGUUAUCGUUGUUGCCCAUCAACCAGCGAGGUUUUUCUUCAGCCUGGCCAUGCUGCAGGUGUCUGGGAGUGCCUGAAUAACGUGGGACAUGAAAACAAUCAUACAUUCUCUCUGAGGGUUCUUAACUUGGUGUAAGUUUUAAGUAAUUUCUUGUCAAGUUUGAGAUUCAUGGAUGUUAUCAUAAACAAAAAGUGAAUAUUUAGGGCUCCUUUUACUACAA